AGCUGUUCCCAGACGUCUUCCUCCCCUCUGCUCUCUCCACUUUCCCCUACCUCCAUCGCCCCACCCUCGGCUGCGCGGCCGGCCGGCGGGAAUCACCGCGCGCCUCUCUACGCCGCCGCUGUUCGGCCCUGCCUUCUUCCCCACGGCCUAGAUCUUCCACUGGGUCUCAUGGACGACAAGAGCGAAAAGGGGAAAGAGAAGGAUGGCUCUGCUUCCAUUCCACCCAAUCGCCGCAAGGUCGGGCUUAAAUUUUCGCCCAAGGUGCCUGCUAAGAAAACACCAAAAAGCGUCCCUAAGAUGGAACCGAAAGAGGAGAGCGAGCUUGACACAAUUGAUAAGGAGUUACUGGUGAAACUUAGAACGCCACAGAGUAAAGGUGCCCUCGAAAGAAGAUUCAAGGCUGAGAAAAAUGAAGCCUGCGUUCAGGUUGCAUUUGGCCAAGUGAGUUCUUCAACUGCAAGAUCCUUCCCCACCCCUAAAGGUUCUUCAUCAGUUAAACAAGAGGAGGAGGUAAACCGUUUUAGCAAGUAUAUGAUGUCUGGUGUUACGACUUCUGCUGCAAAGUUACCCAAACAGUUCGCUGGACCUCAGGACUUUACCCAUCCCAGCUACAACCAUCCUCCUAUUACUCUGCCUCUAAGGAGGCCCCACUCGGCAGAUCUAGAAUUUUUUGAUGAAGGCGAUUUCAGAGAGUUCUCUUCCAGCAGAACACAAGAUGCUGAAUUAACUGCAGCUAAGGAACUUGGGCUAAUGGGCACUGAGGACAAGAUGAAUACACCACAGUUGCUCCUCUUCCAGUUCCCUACAUCUCUUCCUUUACCGCAGGUUGUAUCAGUUGCUGAGGCAGAUAUGGACACCAGUGACAGUGAGGGUGUUGAAACAGAAGAAACCAAUAAGAAGAGGAGACUCGAGUCGAUCAACGGCUGUAAGCUAAAAGAUUUGCCUGGUGGUCCCAUGGGGAAGAUGCUCGUGUACAAGAGUGGUAAAGUGAAGAUGAGGCUUGGAGAUGCACUUUUUGAUGUUUCAGCUGGUUUGGACUGCACAUUUGCUCAAGAGGCUGUAGCGAUCAACACAAACAAGAAGCACUGCUGCAGCCUGGGGGAGGUGAACAAGCGUGCCAUCGUAACUCCUGAUAUCGACUACUUGCUAGAUUCCACCAAGAGGAUUGGAUAGCCUGUGGGGAACUGCAAAUAACUUCUGAUAUUACCUCCGAAAGUGACGCGAAGUGUGUUACUACUUACUACCGGCUCCUGUUUUACAGUAAGACCCGUGGAGAUGUAAAUUUGCAUUAGGAGAAUCGUGGAAACUGGUAUCAUGACAUGGAUGUGGCAGUGACAGCAAUUAGAGAUGUUUUGCCGAUUCUUUGAAUUUUCAUGGUACCGUGGGUGGGUUUUCUCAAUUUCUGAGAUCUGUCACUUUGGUCAAGAGUUCACUGGUGAUUACCACCAUACUGUCAUUUUCAGUUA